AUGGCAUUAAGAUUUCCAAGGUUUAGCCAAGGCUUAGCUCAGGACCCCACUACUCGUCGUAUUUGGUUUGGUAUUGCUACCGCACAUGACUUCGAGAGUCAUGAUGAUAUUACUGAGGGACGUCUUUAUCAGAAUAUUUUUGCUUCUCAUUUCGGACAAUUAGCAAUAAUUUUUCUGUGGACUUCCGGGAAUCUCUUCCAUGUAGCUUGGCAAGGAAAUUUUGAGGCAUGGGUACAGGAUCCUUUACAUGUAAGACCUAUUGCUCAUGCAAUUUGGGAUCCCCAUUUUGGUCAACCGGCUGUAGAAGCUUUUACUCGAGGGGGUGCUCUUGGCCCAGUGAAUAUUGCCUAUUCCGGUGUUUAUCAGUGGUGGUAUACAAUUGGUUUACGUACUAAUGAGGAUCUUUAUACUGGAGCUAUUUUUCUAUUAUUUCUUUCUUUCAUAUCCUUAUUAGCGGGCUGGUUACACCUACAACCGAAAUGGAAACCGAGCGUUUCCUGGUUUAAAAAUGCCGAAUCCCGCCUCAAUCAUCAUUUGUCAGGACUAUUUGGAGUCAGUUCCUUAGCUUGGGCAGGGCAUUUAGUCCAUGUGGCUAUUCCAGGAUCCAGAGGAGAAUAUGUUCGAUGGAAUAAUUUCUUAAGUGUAUUGCCUCACCCUCAAGGAUUAGGGCCACUUUUUACAGGUCAGUGGAAUCUUUAUGCUCAAAACCCCGAUUCUAGUAAUCAUUUAUUUAGUACUUCGCAAGGCGCGGGAACUGCCAUUCUAACACUUCUCGGGGGAUUCCAUCCUCAAACGCAAAGUUUAUGGCUUACCGAUAUGGCCCAUCAUCAUUUAGCUAUUGCAAUUCUUUUUCUCAUUGGUGGUCAUAUGUAUAGAACUAAUUUCGGUAUUGGGCACAGUAUAAAAUAUAUUUUAGAAGCACAUAUUCCUCCGGGGGGUAGAUUGGGGCGUGGACAUAAGGGUCUUUAUGACACAAUCAAUAAUUCAAUUCAUUUUCAAUUAGGCCUUGCUCUAGCCUCGUUAGGGGUCAUUACUUCUUUGGUAGCUCAACACAUGUAUUCGUUACCUGCUUAUGCGUUUAUAGCACAAGACUUUACUACUCAAGCUGCGUUAUAUACUCAUCAUCAAUACAUUGCAGGAUUUAUUAUGACAGGGGCUUUUGCUCAUGGAGCUAUCUUUUUUAUUCGAGAUUACAAUCCCGAACAGAACGCGGAUAAUGUAUUGGCAAGAAUGUUAGAGCACAAAGAAGCUAUCAUAUCCCAUUUAAGUUGGGCCAGCCUAUUUCUGGGGUUCCAUACUUUGGGACUUUAUGUCCAUAAUGAUGUCAUGCUUGCUUUUGGCACUCCAGAGAAACAAAUCUUGAUCGAACCUAUAUUUGCCCAAUGGAUACAAUCUGCUCAUGGUAAAACUUCAUAUGGUUUCGAUGUACUUUUAUCUUCAACGAAUAGUCCGGCGCUGAAUGCGGGGCGAAGCAUAUGGUUGCCGGGUUGGUUAAAUGCUAUUAAUGAGAAUAGUAAUUCUCUAUUCUUAACAAUAGGGCCUGGAGACUUCUUGGUUCAUCAUGCUAUUGCUCUUGGUUUACAUACAACUACAUUGAUCUUAGUAAAAGGUGCUUUAGAUGCACGUGGUUCCAAGUUAAUGCCGGAUAAAAAGGAUUUUGGUUAUAGUUUUCCUUGCGAUGGUCCGGGACGAGGUGGUACUUGUGAUAUUUCUGCUUGGGACGCAUUUUAUUUGGCAGUUUUCUGGAUGUUAAAUACCAUUGGAUGGGUUACUUUUUAUUGGCAUUGGAAGCACAUUACAUUAUGGCAGGGUAAUGUUUCACAAUUUAAUGAAUCUUCAACCUAUUUGAUGGGAUGGUUAAGAGAUUAUCUAUGGUUAAAUUCUUCACAACUUAUCAAUGGGUAUAACCCCUUUGGUAUGAAUAGUUUAUCAGUCUGGGCGUGGAUGUUCUUAUUUGGACAUCUUGUUUGGGCUACUGGAUUUAUGUUCUUAAUCUCAUGGCGCGGAUAUUGGCAGGAAUUGAUUGAAACUUUAGCAUGGGCUCAUGAACGCACACCUUUGGCGAAUUUGAUUCGAUGGAGAGAUAAACCUGUGGCUCUUUCGAUUGUCCAAGCAAGAUUGGUUGGAUUAGUCCACUUUUCGGUAGGUUAUAUAUUUACUUAUGCAGCUUUCUUGAUUGCCUCUACAUCAGGUAAAUUUGGUUAAUUUGAUUCGUUAUUGUAUCUGCAAAAAUUUAAUCUCUUUGUAUGAAGAAUUCUUCUAUUUCUACAUCUAGGAUCCGACUUCUAGCAUUGAUAGUAAUAGGAAAUCAAUCAUCAUGGCAAAGAAAAGUUUGAUUUCGAGGAAUAAGAAUAGGAAAAAAUUAUGGAUAGUAAUAAGAAAUGAAUCAUCAUGGCAAAGAAAAGUUUGAUUGCCAGGGAGAAGAAGAGGAAAAAAUUGGAAGAAAAAUUUUAUUUGAUUCGACGAUAUCCAACAAAAGAAAUGAGCAAAGCUCGGUCGUUAAGUGAGAGCUGGGAAAUUCAGGGAAAGUUAGAAGCACUACCGCGUAAUAGUGCACCUACACGUCUUCAUCGACGUUGUUUUGCGACCGGAAGACCACGGGGUAAUUAUCGACACUUUGGAUUAUCUCGACACGCAGUUCGAGAAAUGGUUCACCAAUGUUUGUUGCCCGGUGCAACAAGAUCGAGUUGGUAAGAAUAAAAAAUUCUCUUCAUUUUUUUAUUCUUUUUGAUGGAUAAUCUGCAAUCAUAGUACGGUCCCUUGACCAUUCCGUAUAAAUGGUUUAUUCUAUUUGUACCCAUAUGGUGGAGGGGCACAUUCAAUUUAUCGCGGAGUAGAGCAACUUGGUAGCUCGCAAGGCUCAUAACCUUGAGGUUACGGGUUCAAAUCCCGUCUCCGCACCAUUUUUGAUAAAAAUUGGAAUUCACUUUUUUAUAUUAAAAAAAAUAUAUUGAAAUAUACUAUUCAAUACAGAAGUAACGGCGGAUAGCGGGAAUUGAACCCGCGUCUUCUCCUUGGCAAAGAGAAAUUAUACCAUUCAACUAUAUCCGCAUUUUUCUUUUUAUUGUACUUUAUACUUUAUAUAUCAUAUCAAUUCGAUUUGUACAGUACAGAGCUGUGUUUGAUAUCUAGUAGGAGUGAUCAAUAAAAGUAGAAAUCUAUAUAAUA